AUGAUAUACACCACGCCCAGGGAGGAUGAUGCCAAGAAAAUAUUCGACCUGAAAGUCAUUAAGCUCGACGGCAAGGGGUACGAGGUGAAGACAUGCAUGGCUGCGCCUGAAAGCUGUGACAAAAGAGUGAGUUGUGGGGUGGCCUCCCCACCCAAGGACCAUGAAUGUACGCCGAGGUGCUGUCCCGGAGACAAAAGGUGCAAAGAACUAUUUCGGACACCUUAUAUAGUGAAGAAGCGACAGUGGGAAAUGAAGCUUGAAGAAGCGCGGGAGCAAGAAGAACGACGCAAGGCCGAAGAGGGCACGCAGUGGCACAGCAGGACAGACGGGGUUCAAGAUCGUUCGAGGCGCAAAUUCAAGCAUCGAAGUACAUCGAGAGGGCGCUCCGAAUCCUUCCCCCAAUUGCCACCGCUGGAGAAGCCGGGAGUUUCUCACAAGGCAUCCCAUGAUGGUGGUGAUUGUUCCCAGGAGAAGUCAAAAUCCACAGGACCACAGGCCCGCCUGAAAUACAUAGGGAAGGCUGCCCACACAGAGUACGAGUCCACGCUACAGAACCUCAGGGAGAAGCUUCGGGAGACCAAGGCCGAGCAAAAGAGGCGUGUAGAAGAACUUCUUGCGAGCCAGGAACGGUACCAGGAAGAAGUGAAGUUGAAAGACAGAGAGAGGCUCGAGUAUGCCCAGGUGUGGCAAAAUAUCGAGAGAAGGCUGGAGGUCAGACACGCCGCAGAGAUGGAGGCACUGAAGUUGGAGCACAGAACAGACAUUGAGGUGCUAAGAGAGAGCCUGCAACAAGAGCUGCAGGACGUCAAGACCGGCUCUGAGGAGGAGCAGCUGAAGAUGCACAGAAGCCUCGAGAGCGAGCACAACUUGGUGGCUAACUCGCAGAAGGCACAAAAAGCGCAGAUUAAGAAGAUGAAGGAAGUGCACGCAAGUGUCGUGAAACAACUGGCCGUGAAAAGAGUGCAGAUGGAACAGCACAUGGCCGAGAAUACGUCAAGCAUCCAGGAAAUAAAAAGCAAACCAUAG